CCGAGCACGUGGGGGAGCGGCCGGGGCGCUGCGCUGAGGGGCCGCGCGGGAGAGGCGGGGGCCGGGGGCCGGGGGGCGGCGGCGGCGCGAGGACGCUGCACCCUGACGGGGGCCGAGGAGCGGUGUAACUGCUCCACGCCUCCAGGAUGACGAUCCAGUUCCGCUCACUCUUCCCCCUGGCCCUGCCUGGAGUGCUGGCGCUCCUCGGCUGGUGGUGGUUUUUCUCCCGUAAAAAAGAGCCCCUCGACAGCCACGACAGAGCAGCGGAGGCCGGUGCGGUGGCGCUGCGGGCCGGCCCUGCGGCCCAGGAGGCGCUCACAGCAGAAGACGUGCGGCCUGGGGUAGCCAGCCCGCCGCCCGAGACGGAGCUGUGCGGCAGCGGCAGGCCCUCGCCGGAGCCGCCGGCCCUGUUGCGGGCACACCCGGCCUGCCGGAGGUCCGAGUCCUCGGGCAGCCUUCCCAACCCCGCAGACAUGAGACUCCGCCCGGGAGCGCGCAAGGAGGUGGAGCUCGCCCUUGCGGGCGAUGAAGCCAAGGCUGUCCCUCUGGAGUGUCCUCUGCCAGCUCCCAAGGGCCUUCCGUUCCCCCACGAGGCAGUCGAGGUGUGUAAGCGAGAGGCCGUGCUGGGCCGGCCGGGGGGACGGGGCCUCCAGGGCCAGCCUGCAGCCCCCGUGGAAAAACCGUGCAUCGGAGAGAAGGCCUGGGAGACAGGGGGCGCCGAAGGCACUGGGGACGCGGUGCUGGGAGAGAACGUGCUGGAGGAAGGGCCGGCGGCCUGGGAGCCAGCCCCCGAGUUAGAGUUACAGAGUGGCCAGGCGGCCGGAGCGGGAGAGAAGGGCCCAGGCUGCCCACUGGAUGAGGCUGUGGCGGAGGCGGUGCCCGAGGAGACGCUGGCGCCGAGGGGCCAGGCGGGCCGAGCCUGGGAUGGAGCCUUUCCCCAGGAGCAGGGCGGGGAGGAGACCUGGGACAGAAGCGAGAAGAUGGAGCAGGCUGCCUUCCAGAUCAUCUCCAAAGUGAUCCUGGAGGCCACUGAGGAGGUGCUGGCCACCACCAUGGGCAGGAUCGCGGGCAGGGUGUAUCAGGCCUCAGCCGCCCAGCCCCAGGAGCCGAAGGAGGAGAGCUGUGCCCCUGCCAGCCAGAAAACCCCCCUGGGCCUGGAGGCCUCGGAGCCCACCCUGGCUGAGGCGGAGGCACCCGUGAGUCUGGGGGACACAGCCGUCCCCUCCGCAGAGCCUCUGGCAGGGGACCUGCCAGCACCAAAGACCUACGUGAGCUGCCUGAGCAGCCCUCUGUCCAGCCCCACCAAGGACAGGAAGCCAAAGAACUCUGCACACCACAUCUCCCUGGCCCCCUGCCCUCCGCCGGCUGCCCCCCUCCGUGAGUUGCUGGACAAGGCAGGCGGCCCCGGGGAAGAGGCCACCCGUGUCCCCUGCGUGUCUGACGGCGGCCAGGCUGUCCCCGGAGGGGACAGUGCUGUCACCUCCGGGCAGCACUCAGAUUCUGCCAGCAACUCGGGGCUUGAAGACUGUUGUCCGGAGACUGCCCCCAGCCCCAGGGGCGAGGCCGCCACCCCACCGCUGCCUGAAAGUACUGUGCCCAUCAGCAAUGGGGUGCUGAAGGGGGAGCUGUCAGACUUGGGGACCGAGGACGGAUGGACUGUGGACGCGGAAGCAGACCAUUCGGGAGGUUCAGACGGGAACAGCAUGGACUCGGUGGACAGCUGCUGUGGCCUCAGGAAGCCUGACGGUUUCCAGAACGCCCAGGCAGGCUCCAAUCCCAAGAAGGUUGACCUGAUCAUCUGGGAGAUCGAGGUGCCAAAGCACCUGGUUGGUCGGCUGAUUGGCAAGCAGGGACGCUACGUGAGUUUUCUCAAGCAGACAUCUGGUGCCAAGAUCUACAUCUCCACCCUGCCUUACACCCAGAACAUCCAGGUCUGCCACAUCGAAGGCUCUCAGCAUCAUGUGGACAAGGCGCUGAACUUGAUUGGCAAGAAGUUCAAAGAGCUGAACCUCACCAACAUUUACGCUCCCCCGCUGCCUUCGCUGGCACUGCCUUCUCUUCCAAUGACUUCCUGGCUCAUGCUUCCGGACGGCGUCACUGUGGAGGUCAUCGUGGUCAACCAGGUCAACGCCGGGCACCUGUUUGUGCAGCAGCAUACUCACCCCACCUUCCACGCGCUGCGUAGCCUGGACCAGCAGAUGUAUCUCUGCUACUCUCAGCCUGGCAUCCCCACCUUGCCCACCCCGGUGGAGAUAACGGUCAUCUGUGCUGCCCCCGGCGUGGACGGGGCCUGGUGGCGAGCCCAGGUGGUGGCCGCCUACGAGGACACCAAUGAGGUCGAGAUUCGCUACGUCGACUAUGGCGGCUACAAGAGGGUGAAAGUGGACGUGUUGCGGCAGAUCCGGUCUGACUUUGUGACCCUGCCGUUCCAGGGAGCGGAGGUGCUUCUGGACAGCGUGAUGCCCCUGUCAGACGAUGACCACUUCUCCCCCGAGGCAGACGCGGCUAUGAGCGAGAUGACGGGGAACACGGCGCUGCUGGCUCAGGUGACGAGUUACAGCCCAACCGGCCUUCCUCUGAUUCAGCUGUGGAGUGUGGUUGGAGAUGAAGUGGUAUUGAUAAACCGGUCGCUGGUGGAGCGAGGACUCGCUCAGUGGGUGGACAGCUGCUACUCAAGCCUCUGACCCGCCCCACACCGCCUCUGGAGUCUGUUUUGCACUGUUGGAAUUGGGCUUGGCACUCAAGGCAAAGACUUUACAGCAGAAUUACAAACAUUUGUCGUCUCCAGAGAGUCCUUUCAUUCUGUACUGUAGUCACGUUGAGCUGUUUCCGUCUCUGAGACAAGGGAAUUGUGGGUUCUUUUCAAAGCCAUCAGAUGGCAUGUUACAAGCCAGUCGGCUUAACCUGGUUCCAAGCUGUUUCUAAAACAAACAAA